AUCUGUUGCAAUAAAUGGUAUGUACCACUGCCAGUAGGGGUUCCUCGGAAUAUUACUUUACAGAUUUAUAUUUGGAAGCCGACAGUGACCAACCUACCUUCAAUGCUUCCUGUGUUUAUUGUGGCCUCCAUGGUUAUCUUGGCUAUGAGUACGGUAAUGACAGUGUUUACCAACUCACUCAUCAUUGCUGUAAACCUCCUAGACAAAGCUAUGAGUAAGAACCUCAGCCCAUCUGACCUUAUCAUUGUUACUCUCUGUAUAUCUAACAUUAUAUUUCAGCUUAUCAUGUUGGUUAAUGAUUAUAUAAGCUUCAUGGAAACAACUCUUUACUUCUCUUAUGAAGUGUAUGUAGUAUUUACAGUUAUGCUCAUCCUUCCUAUUUAUUGUAGCUUCUGGUUCACAGUGUGCCUCUCAGUGAAUUAUUACUUGCAGAUUGUCAUAUUCUCUCAUCCUUUUUUAAUCCAUCUCAAGAUCGGAGUUUCCAAGCUAGUUCCACAACUGCUAAUGUCCUCAUUCCUAGUGGCAAUGGUUACUGGAAUCCCUGCAGCCUGGAACUUCUUGCAAGACCCUCAAGAUUUAAAUAUAUCAACAAGUAAUGAGACAAGCAUGGAAAUAUCUGUUCCUAAACUGAACAUUGCUUAUCUACUACCCAGUAACCUUAUCAGCUGUUCAUUACCAUUAGUAUUGGUUGGAGUUGCCAAUGGAUUGAUCAUUAAGUCACUUGUGACUCAUAAACACAAGUCAGACAGAAAUGCUAAUGGAGAACUAAGUGCUCGAGCAGAAGGUCGGGUUAGAGCAGCCAAGACCAUCAGUUGCCUGUUGUUCUUGUACUUGUCUUUUUAUAUAUCAGAAAUCUUAAUGUUUAUAGAUGCUUUCCCUCCCAAUAGUCCAGGAUUCUGUACAUGUUUGAUGGUCAUAUAUAGUUAUUCUCCAGGACAGUCAAUUGUUUUUAUUUUUGGCAGCCCAAAACUUAAGCAAGUGUCUCUUCGUUUAUUUCACUCUAAAGCUGGUUUAAAGAAAAGAAAAUCAAAUACAUCAAAGGUAUUGUUCAUUAAACCCAGCUAAUCCCUUUUCACUGGUGCCUCCCCAGCCUUUACGGGAUUUCAGAUGCCGGGAGGCAUGUGUUUGGGGAACAUUUUCUCAUACAGUUCAACUUUCCUUUCCAACAAUCCAUUUUUCUUUAGUAAAUCAACAAGAAGUGGGCACAAUCAUUACUGUAAUAUGUAACAACAUCUAUAUAUUGCUAGCUCCCAAUCCAACAACCACUAAACUUAGGAAUAAUUCACCUUAACGCUUAGUCAAAUCUUUAUUUAUAUAUUUUAAAAUCUUUCCAUGUUGAAAAAUGCAGCCAUAGAAUUUUAAAAAGUGUUUAUAUAUGUCUAAGCACCAAACCAAGCACAUUUAUAAUGAUAAGUGGGAUGUUCAUCUUAUUUUAUGUAAAAUUCUUUAGAAAUAAAUGGACUGUACUGUU